UGGAGCAAGGCUCGUGUCGCGCGCUGAUGACGUCGCCUCAGGCCCCGGAUGCACGCAGCUUACGGAGGAUUUGUGUGUCUGCGUGUUUCGGUUCUGUUCGGUUCUGUUCGGGACACAGUGACCCACGGGCCGCAGCAGAACCCCACACCCCCGCGAGAAAGAGCCACAGCCCGGGGAGAGGAGAGCAGAGCCCGGGGAGAGGAGAGCAGAGCCCGGGGAGUCGCUCCAGCUUUAGCCCCAUUAGCUCCGUUAGCUUGUUUAGCAUUAGCCUCGGCUACAGCGGCCUCACAGCGGCCUCACAGCGGCCUCACAGCGGCCUCACAGCGGCCUCACAGCGGCCUCACAGCGGCCUCACAGCGGCCUCACAGCGGCCUCACAGGCGCAUGGAGCCCGGCGGAGGAGCCCCGGGGCCGGGGCCAGGACACGGGUUCAGUAAUGUCCCGGCCUUCCUCACAAAGCUCUGGACUCUGGUGGAAGACCCGCAGACGGACGCGCUGAUCCGCUGGAGCCCGGGCGGGUCCAGUUUCCACGUGUUCGAUCAGGGUCGUUUCUCUAAAGAAGUUCUGCCCAAGUUUUUCAAACACAACAACAUGGCGUCGUUCAUCCGCCAGCUCAACAUGUAUGGGUUCCGUAAAGUGGUACAUUUGGAACAGGGAGGUUUGGUGAAACCAGAACGAGACGACACAGAAUUUCAACAUCCGUAUUUCCUCCGAGGACAAGAACAACUGCUGGAAAACAUCAAGAGGAAGGUCACCGCUGUUCCGUCUGUGCGUCAGGACGAGGUAAAAACGGCCGAUGAAGUGAACAGAAUCCUGAGCGACGUUCAGAUGAUGAAAGGAAAACAAGAAACAAUCGACUCUCGGAUCAGCGCCAUGAGACAGGAGAACAGUGCCCUCUGGAGGGAGGUGGCGAGUCUGCGACAGAAACACUCCCAGCAGCAAAAAGUCGUCAAUAAGCUGAUCCAGUUCCUGAUUUCUCUGGUUCAGAACAAUCGGAUCAUGGGCCUAAAAAGGAAGAUGCCUCUGAUGUUGAAUGACGGGAGCUCUGGACACUCUCUGCCCAAAUACAGCCGCCCCCUGAGCCUGGAACACCUGCAGGCCAGCCUCUUCCCCUCAGACUCCGUGAGCUCUGGACCAAUCAUCUCUGAUAUCACAGAUGUCGCCACGCCCCCUUCUGAUGAUGUCAUCAGUGAAUGGAACGAGCCCAGGGAGCCGGCGCCUGGGGUCACGGGUCAGGGGUCGGAGGUCAAAGAGGAGCCGCAGGUGGAGACGCCUCUGUCCCCGACCACCUUCAUCAACUCCAUCCUCCAGGACGAACCGGCCAAUCACAGCACAGCGGCAACGCAAGCUCCGCCCACCAGCCACACCACAGCCAAUCAGAGCUCACGGCCCAAUGUGGCCCCGCCCAUCGUGAUGAUAGUUCCCCCCAACGACCAAUCAGAGCCCAUCGUCCAGUCGCCCUCCAGCCAAUCAACAGCCAGCGCUGCAGCAAGCCCCGCCCCCUCAGCAUCACCACAGAAAAAAUGUCAAACCGUCGCCGUGAUCGACAGGUCUGAGCUCCUGGACCAUGUGGACUCCAUCGACUCGGGUUUGGAAAAUCUCCAGAAUCUCCUGAACACGCAGAGCUUCACCUUCGACACCGGACCCAUCCUCGAGUUUUUCAGUUCUCCGGGUGCAGAGUUCGACCUGGACUGUCUCGACACGCUGCUGUCGGAGCCGAGAGACGAGGGACUGAGCGGCGCCUCCACAGGGAAGCAGCUGGUGCAGUACACGCCCAUGUCGCUGCAGGAGCCAAUCACGUCGCUGGAGGACGUUCUGGGGGAGGACCCUGACACCCUGCUGCCCUCCGACCUCUGACCCCUCCGCCCCCCGUGACGACGCCGUUUUGUUCUUUUCUCGGUUUUAGUUUGGUUUGUUUCGUCGCUCAGAGCCAAUCGUCACAGUCGAACUUUUAAUGUGGAAAACUCCAGAAAGAGACUUUAUUCUGAAAAACUGAGGAGGAAGUUUGAGUCCAAGAGGUUUUAAACGUUUAUAAAAAUGCAUUUGUACGAUUAUUUUAACAGAAUAAAACUCCAAAUUUCACUUGACAGUCCGAGGAGGGACAGACCCGGGUUAGUCCUGGUUUAGUCCCGCUGACAGUUACUGUGUGGCCUUUGAUUGGACGUGAAGUGACCAAUGCGCUGUGAUUGGUCGGCUCUGAGCGCCUGAAGGUUUCAUGUUUUAAUUUUUCUGUAUAAAUAUUAAAGGUAUUUUUGAAGAGUUUAUUAUGAAAAGUAUUUAACGUUUCCGUGGUGACAGUCAAACGUCUGUCUCCAUGGCGACGCUCGGAGCUGAUUGGUUUAAAAGGGAAUCAGCCGAAGAACUUUGUUAAAUAAAGUAAAUAUCAAA